GUGUGCUUUUCUUUUUGGAUUCCUCCAUCUCGGCUUGCACACCGUCCCCCGCUCAUCAUCACAUUCUUUUCAUUGGAUGGUGCUGAACUCGAUUCGAAAUUAAGCGUAUGCACAUACUCGUCGGGGUGGUGCUUGCCUUUUGGUUGGGUUAUUUAACAGCAUCACGACGCAUACUCGAACAGAUUCUGGAAGAGAAACGAUUUAUAUAUGUCAUUCUCGCCCUUGGAACCUUUUACGCUGUCAUAUUUAUUGGUCUGAAAAGGAUAGUCGAAGCCGACAUACAAAGGAAUCCAAGCACUUCAUUUCGUACAUCGGCUCGAGAACAUUUACAACGUAGAGGAAGCUUUUAAUCUUAUCAUUUAUUUAGUGUGAAAUAAUAGACAAACAAAAACAAAGAACGAGAACAGAGAAUAAGAAAAAAAAAAUCUGCGGGACUAUGUACUGGAUGAUGAACCAAGGAAAU